AGGAUGUCUAAUGGAAAGUAUGCAAAGAAGCGCCAUCAUCACAGAGUUUUAGAUCAGAAGAAAGCCAAACGAACCAGAUGUAGAGCAACAGACGUUGAUCAGAUUUCAGCAAAUAUCAUUAAAGCCACACCAGCACUAGUCAAACAGCUGGAGAAACGUGAUUAUGAUAAAGUUGGCAAGGGUGAACAUUUCUGUAUGCCAUGUGACAGAUAUUUUAUGAAUCCUGGAGAUCUGGUAAGGCACGAAAGAUCCAAACCUCACAAAAAGCGUAUUAAAUACCUAUCAGAACCACAGUACUCACAUGCUGAAGCUGACAAGGCUGCUGGAUUAGGAAGUUAUACCACACCCGAAGCUCCAGUGUAUCCUAUUCAUUUAGGUCUGAUGACUACUCAACAUAAAGAUCAGGUCCAAGAAUUACAAAACCAGUUGGAGUCAUCUACUGUUAUGAACUAAAUUAAAUUCAGGCUAAUUUAUUCUUUUCGAUGAUGGGUGUUAUUUGAUAUCUUCUGAAACUUUUGAGUCAAUCAAAAUUGAAUAUUUAAAUUCAGUUUCUUGUCGCAAUUUUUAUAUACUGACUCACCCUCCUUUAUAAAAUUGUUGACUUGUGUUGGUUCAAAUUAUUUAUUAUCUUACAGGGGAUAGUGUCAUUACUUUUAGAAAGAUCUAGCCAAUUUCAUCGACAUAACAUCAGUAAUAAGUGUAAAAUUGAUUAUGGGCUAUGGUUCAUGAUCUGUGAUGAAUGUUACCUUACCAUUGCAGUAGUCCCGCCAUUUCCUAUAACAGACAAGGAUCCCAUACAUCUCACACUCUGUUGCUGACCAAUUCUUUGCAGAAGUCAAUAAAUUUAAGAAACAAUAUUCUAAUCUGCAUUUUUCCUUAUUUUAUCGUUGAUGAUGAUUUAACAAAUUCAUUCCUCUAUUAGGAACACAUUAUGAGCAUUAGAAAUGAAUGGUUCACGAUCAAGACCUAAAAGUAAUCAUGGAACUUUUGGGGCAAUUCCAAUCGAAUCUAUUACUGAACGUUAUUACAAUGAGCGUCGAUACACCUCAAAAGGAGAUAUAAAUUCUCUGAAAAUUAAUGACAGGAAUUUUAAAGGCGUUUCCUUGGAUCACUUUGAGCGUCAAGAACCCCUUCUCCUUGGCAAGGGUGGUAAUAGCACAGUAGAAUGUUACAAGCACAUAAAGUCGGAUACUGUCAUGGCUCUCAAGAAAACGAGAUUAGGCCAACUGAAUGAGCUGGACAAAAAGACGAAAGUAACUCGUGACAUAGAACAUCUUCGAAAACUAAGAGGACACAGUAACAUCAUUACUCUCUAUGGUUACUUCGAAAUGUGCGGUGAAGCCUUCAUUUGUAUGGAGAAAAUGGAGACUUGUUUUGCAAAAAUACUCCAAAUCUGUUUAAAGAAAGAUACCCUCAUCCCUGCUAAAGUGCUGGCCACUCUUUGUUACAGUAUAUCACACGCUCUGGUGUACUUGAAAGACAAGAAGAUAAUUCACAGAGACGUCAAGCCAGCGAACAUUUUGCUGGGCACUGAGGGACAAAUAAAGCUAUCAGAUUUUGAUGGAUCGGGAUAUCUCUAUAAUUCUUAUUGCUUUAGUGAUCCCACUAUAACGAGCUGUUACGCUGCUCCUGAAAGAAUAGACUGUGAUGAUAAGAAGAAUGAGGCUAAAUUUGAUUGCACCGCAGAUAUCUGGAGCUUAGGUGUGUCUGCACUGGAGUUGGCCACCAGGAAGCAUCCCUUUGCCAGUAAGGAUAUGAAAGCACAGUUCGACCUGAUGGCUAAGAUACUAAAACAGGAACCACCGUAUCUUGCUAAAUCUGAUCCCGCUUACGAACCAAACCUAGCCGACUUUAUAGCCCAAUGCCUGAAGAAAGACCCGGAUGAGCGGAUGUACCCGAAAGUUAAGAACGGCAGGUUCUACAUCAUGAAGCACAAGUUCAUAUCCAUGCGAGAGAUUAUUCUAGAGAAACAGGUCGCUGAAUGGUACAACAAUUUGACCAAAAAUUAGACCUGUGACGAUCCUUACUCACUUUAAUUUAGGAAUAAAUUGAUACAGUAUUAUGAUAAACAGUAAAAUCGUACCACGAUCAAUUUGAAAAUACAAAAGUUCAAUCUUCAUGCUUGCCAUUCUAAAAUUGUUAGCAUUAUUUUUAAAUUCUUAUAAUUUAUAUUUUUAGUUGUAAAAGUAAUAAUUUUCACUUUUUUCUAAAAUUACGUUACGUUUUUGUUAAAUCGCCUAAAUUAGGACUGUAUUUACACUUCAUUCUGUUGGAUGAUAAACCAUACUUUUCAAUUUACUUAAGCCGUACAUUGGAAGCUUUUCAAUAACGCUGUGCAAUUUAUAACGCUAUUCAUUAUUGUGUGGAACAGUUGCUAUUCGUGUUACAUACAUGAUGAAGGUGAUGGCUGUUAAAUCUUAUUUUCUGUGGAAUAAUUACAGUGUGUUCACUGUUGCAACUUUAAGCGGGGCUUAGGCUCAGGUUGCCGUGAUAACUGAAAAUUAUUUUUAAACAAAGUAUGAUCGGUAUUUUUAAGGAUUCAAUACGCGAUAUUUUGGGCUGCUAUGGGUUGAAUUUGGAUUCGAUGGUAUGUAAAUAAUAAUAUAAUAAUGAUGAUAAAUUUAACGAUUUCUUAAUUGUUUUUAACACUUCCCUGCAGUCAGAAUCUUUAAAGUAGACUAGAGGUUUAUUUAAUAAUUUUUCAGCAGUCCGUAGAUUAAAGUAUUUUAAAACAACUUUUAGUGAGUUUAGAUAAAUCAAAAUUUAUGGAAGUGCAAACAGAUUUAAUUAAGUCAUUUUGAACUAUGAGUCUUACAAUGAAGAAACUUUUCAGUUUGUAUUUUGCGUUAUUAAGUUGAGCAUUGUAAAAAUUAUAUGUUGCUUAAGUUUAGCUGCUAAAUUGGCAAUCUGGCGUUCGAAUAUAAUGAUUAUUUAUUUCGAUUCCUAAAA